AUGGCAAUUAUGUAUCUCAUGGACCCGGAAGGAAUGCUCAAACUCUUGGAAAUGGUGAGUUUCAUUAUAUUAAAUUAUGGACCCUUGUUUGCCUUGUGUGUGGAGGCCACAUAAGAGAGUGCUGACAGCGUCCAUCCAAUGACCCUAGGCGCCGUGCUAGAACGAGGAGGGGGGCGUGGGGAUGAGGAAGCUGGUUUUCCUAGUCUCAGGCUACACGUUCAUGGCUUUGGGCGAAUUUUCGACCGGCUGAAAAUUUUGACGGGACAAUUUGUUCACACGGGACCGUUUGAUAUUUUUUCUCUGUUUACAAGCAACUUUGAACGGCUUGGCGUCUAAAUUUUGGAACGGUGACUGUAGUAGUACUACACCGACCGCUUUUCCUCGAAAAAAUGGGGCGAUUAGGUAAUAGUUAGCGUUUAACAAGGGGUAGCAGCCGCUGAGGGUAAAUAUCUCUAAAUACCGAUUCCUGAUAAAAUAAGAUGAUGUUUUGAUUCUAGCGGUAUUUUCUAACAAAUCGUGUUGUAUUGUGUAUUUUCAGGUUCUUCUUUCGGCAGCCAUAGCUUGUAUCACCGAGUACCACAAAGAUGUGUCCCUUUCAGACCUUCCCAACUGGGAUUUUGAUCGGGCGGCUCUGUUUUAUGGCGUGUUUAUUAUUGGUCUUGUGAUCGUUGUUUUCCUGUUCCUCAACUUUCUGUUUGGUUGUGCUUACAGUAAGAAAUGUGGAUCACCAAGAGGGUGGACGUCCUUUGUAAGUGCCUGA